CUGAGAAAAAGCAGAGCAGAUGAAUAAAAGUACACGCAAAACUUUUUCAUUCUGUAAAAUACACAAACUAUACCGUUUUGUCCAUUGUAUAGUGAAUUUCUGUUCAAUCGUUAGUAAAAAAAGUAAAUAGAAAUUCAAAAAAAUGCGUUGAUAUAGUUUUGGUGUCCGUAUGUAUUAAAUAUAGAAAGUUGUGUGCUUGUGAUUGUGUUGGCCAAACUGUCGAGGAGUUGAAGGAAAAAAAUACGGUGUUCAUUGAGACAAAUAAUUUCACAUUGUUGUAGCUAUGCAGAACAUGGAUUUGGACAUAGUAGCCGACGUGGUGUUUGUUAUUGAGGCCACCGCUGUCAAUGGCGCUUACAUGAACGAGUUGAAAAGUAAUUAUAUUGUGCCCACUAUUGAACAUUUCACAAAAGGUUGGCAGGGGGAUGAAGGGGAAUACCUAAUCUCCGAACGGCACGCCACGCAAUACGGUAUUGUAAUAUACCGCACUGCUGCAAAUUUAUUAGAUCCUGCCGUAUCCACAUAUGGGCCAUUUGUUUGGCCGAAACAGGUGUUGGAGACAAUUGAACAAUUGCCAUUGGUUGGUGGUGGUAUGGAUUCUUGUGCAAAUAUGUGUGAAGGCUUAGCUACAGCGCAUUGUUGUUUUGAAGACAUGAAGGAACGCCGCUCGCGUCUGAUGAUUGAUGCAUUGAAUGUACAACGCCAUUGCAUAUUAAUCUGCAAUAGUCCACCAUAUUCUACACCUGUAAUGGAAUGCUGGAAACAUAUGGGGAAAACUGUGGAACAAUUGGCGACAUUGUUUCAUGAAAGAAAAAUUAAUUUCUCCAUAAUAGCUCCACGUAAAAUGCCGGUGUUAUUCAAAUUAUUCAUGAAAGCGGAUGGUGAUCAACCAGUUGCUGCCAAAAAUUACGCUAAAAACAUCCGACAUUUAGUUCUUCUUAAAGGAUAUCAUUUAAAGGAACGUCCUCCGAGUCCAAAUGCGAAUACCGUCAAUGUAGGUGGUGGUGGUGGAGUUAUGUCUAAUCAAAUGGUUGUACCAGUCGGCGCUGGAGGAAAUCCACAAAUGCAACAACAACAGCAACAGCAGCAACAAGGUGGGCCAAUGCAAAUCGACAACACACAAGGAGCUGUUCAAGGAUCACAAGGACCGCAGCAUCCAGUUGGUGGUAUGAACCAAAAUCAACAGCAGCAAUCUCAACAAGGACCAGGAGGACCUUCCGUUUUAACACCUCAACAACUGAUGCAGCAACAGCAACAACAACAACAACAGCAGCAACAGCAACAACAGUUUGUGAACCAGAAUCCGAAUCAAAAUCCGAACUUCCAGCCGAAUGUUAACAUAAAUCCUCAGAAUCGGUGGAUGUUUCAAGCCAAUCAGCAGCAACAACCUGGUCAACCCCGUGCCCCAUUUAUGGGCGGAUCAGGAGGCAUGCCGCCUGGUAUGGGACCAGGUGGUCCAGGUCCAAUAGGCCCUGGGCAAAAUCAAAAUUCGGCAUUAAUUUCACAACUAAGCGCGCCACCUGGCCAAAAUGUUAAUCCUUUGUUAGCACAACAACAACAACAAAUGCGAAUUCAAAUGUUGAAUCAACAUCAGCAACAACAAUUGCAGCAGAUGCAGCAGCAACAGCAACAACUACAACAACAGCAGCAACAACAACAACAGCAACAGCAGAAUCAAUCUCAGCAGCAACAACAACAAUCUAUGAACAAUGCAGGUGGACAGGGGCCCAACCAAAAUGCAGCAGGAGGUGGUCCCGGCAACAUGCAACAGCCAGUCUCCUCAACUUCGGGCGUUACUAGUGGCAAUGAUACUGCUCCGCAUCCACGAGAUCGCGACAAGAUUUGGUCUGGUGUUCUUGAGUGGAAUGAAAAGAGCAAACCCGAUCAACAGAAAGUGACUCGAACAUUACAGUGCAGCGUGGCCACAAAUUUCAAAGAUGGCGAACCCGAAAUCAAAGCCGAUAAUUGGCCACCAAAGCUAUUAAUGCAACUUAUGCCGAAGCACCUAGUGGGAAACAUUGGUGGUCAGUUCCUAAAAGAAUCUAAAAUGGUGGUAUUUAAACCCACGCAAUGCGAGGCGCUGGAUACGCUUUCCAAAGUGAUGGCCACAGGUUUCGCCGGUUGCGUACACUUUACAAACCCUUCCGGACCAGCUUGUGAAAUAAAGGUCCUAAUUCUGCUAUACACGCAGGAGAAAAACGCCUUUCUUGGCUUUAUUCCCAACAACCAGACGAUGUUUGUGGAACGUCUCAGAAAGGUUAUACAACAGAAACAAAUGGGUCAUGGCCAACAGCAACAACAACAACAGCAGCAGCAGCAACAACAACACCAGCAACAGCAGCAGCAUCAACAACAACAGCAACAAAUGCAGAAUGCCAUGGGUCAAAUGCAAAAUAACUUGCCGCCCAACGUAAUGGCACAACAACAGCAACAGCAAAAACCUACUCCAAUGGAUGUGCAACAUCAAAUGGAACAACAGCAACAACAACAACAGCAGCAGCAACAGCAACAAAACUACAAUCAAUAUGCUCAGCAAAUGAACAUGCAAAUGGGAGGACCUGGUGGUGGCCCGGGCGGACCUAUAGCAGGAGGUGGAGGACCACCACCGGGAGUGAUCGGCAUGCAGCUCUCCGAUCAAAUGGUCGGUGGUGGUCCAAUGCAGCAGCAUCAGCAGCAAAUGAACUUAUUGCAACAACAACAGCAACAGCGUAUGCCCAUGAUGGGUGGACCGAAUGCACAAAUGCCACACGCCGUGGCGGCAGCGGCAGCAGCUGCAGCGGCUAUGCAACAACAGCAGCAGCAACAACAGCAACAACGCAUGGUGCGUCCAAUGAUGAGCAACAAUCCUGGCUUACGAUUGCUGUUGCAACAACAAUCAGCGCCUGCCAAUCAAUUUCGACCUCAAAUGGGUGGCGGUGGUGGCCCAGGCGGUCCGGUGGUUGGGCAAAUGGGUGGCGGCCCACCAAAUCAAAUGGGUGGUGGACCGGGUGGCGGUGUGCCUAUGGGUGGGAAUCGUCCGUAUGAUGAGAGUAACUUUGAUUUUAUGUAAAUUGACGAGAGCCAAUCGAUGGAUAUAUACAGUUAAGUAUGUGUUUACGUAUGUAUAAUGUAUGUCAAAAAAGAAAUUGUUAGUCGCUUUCUAAACAUUUGCAAUUUUUUCUUUUAGUAUAACGUUAUAAAUUAUUGAUUCCAUUUUUUAAUAAUAAACAAUCAUCUAAGCAC